AUGCAGGGAGACCUUCUAAAAGGUCUCAAUUCGGCUCAGCUCAAAGCUGCGACAUACCCACCGAAUACAUCAUUGCAGAUUCUGGCUGGCCCUGGAAGCGGAAAGACCAGGGUAUUAACAACUCGUAUUGCCCACCUCAUCACCAACUGCCAUCUCCCACCAAACUCGAUAUGUGCAGUCACAUUUACGAACAAAGCUGCAAAUGAGAUGAAAGAGCGAUUAACGAAGCUUCUCGGGAAAGAAAGGACAGCGCAACUCAAGCUCGGAACGUUUCACUCUCUCUGUGCCCGAUUCCUGAGGAAGUACUCGAAGCAAGUUUCGGUACCGGACAACUUUACCGUUUGCGAUGCUGGUGAAAGCAAAAAGAUGAUUACAUCCAUCUUGAAGGAAUACUCAGACACUAUGGCCCACCGUGGUCUCUCGCUCGAACCUUCGGCUUGCGCAUCCAUGAUCUCCAAAGCCAAAUCCAGAGGCCAAUCCGCCAAAGACUAUCUUUCCGACGCACUGAUAAAGUCCAGCAGCAAAGAAACGGACGAGCCCGCGACACUGGAGGUUCUUGUCGGCAAAGUAUAUCAGGGCUACGAAGCGGCUCUGCGGAGAAUUAAUGCGCUGGAUUUUGACGACCUUUUGAUCUACGGUGUGAAGCUUUUCACCACCCACAAGGAAUGUGUCCUAUGGUGUAGACAUAUCCUUGUUGAUGAAUUUCAAGACACCAAUGUCACACAGUACGAGCUAAUGCUCGCCAUUGGAACCGCUCGCUGCGUGACGAUAGUUGGGGACCCAGAUCAAUCCAUUUAUGGCUGGAGGUCCGCAGAGGUAAAGAACCUGGAAAAAAUGAGGACGGAUUUCCCCAACACUUUUCAAAUCUUCUUGGAAGAGAAUUAUCGCUCAACAGCGUCUAUAUUGGAAGCCAGUCUGGCUAUUCGCAUAAAUAAAUCCCUGUACACUGCACAUCCUUCGGGGAUCACACCUAUUCUUUAUCAGGUCAACGAUGAGAACGAGGAAUCUCGCUUCAUUGCAAUCGAGAUCAAGAGACUCGUUGCGAACAUGGGCGGCAUCCUUCGGUGGGGGGAUUUUUCGAUACUACUACGAUAUAACGCCCUAUCCAGAAAUCUGGAAAAGGCCUUUCAGAACGAAAGAAUCCCUUGCAGGAUUCUCGGGGGCCACAAGUUCUUUGAACGGUUGGAGGUAAAAGAUCUGCUUGCCUACCUUCAACUUAUAGACAAUCCAAUUUUUGGCCCAGCGUUCAUUCGUGUGGUGAACGUUCCUGGCCGCGGUAUUGGUGAAAAGACCCUGAACGAUCUAACCAAGCGAGCCGAAGAUUCGGGGAAAUCAUACCUAGAACUGCUGGAAGGCAUUUACGACAUGAGACUUACCGACCAGAAACCUUCAGUCCGCAAAAAGAUUGCACCCUUCGUACAUGUCAUCCGAACUCUUCGGGCAUUUCAGUACGAAGAACAUCUGAAGAAGACCCAGCAAGACUGGGAAACGAGAUGGGAGAACGUGAAGGAACUGAUCUCUUUUGCGAAGGAAAUCGAGGAGCAAAUGGCGAAGGACCGGGAGGCGGCUCGGGCCUCGGGCGUGAUAGACGAGUUGGAGGUCGAGGAUACAACGCCCUUGCGACAAUUCCUCCAAGCGUCAAUGCUUUCCUCCGAGGGGGAUAACGAGAGCGAAGAGGAUGCGAACGACAAAGUCACAAUCACAACGUGCCAUUCUGCGAAGGGCUUGGAAUGGCCAGUCGUGUUCAUCCCAUCCGCCGACUCCUCAACAUACCCUUUCAUUCGCAGUGAAGACGAGGACGAGGAGAGGCGCCUACUCUAUGUGGCUUGCACACGAGCGAAAUCUAUGCUCUACUUGACCAGGACGACCUCCCGGAAGGUCGCUGGGGAUGUGAAGCAGAAGCAACUCUCGAAAUUCAUCGCGAAUAUAUUGGACAAGAACCACAAGGACGGAAAGCGGGCAACGUUUAUCCAACACCUCCCCCAUUUCGAGGAAGAAGACAGGGAGAUUAUAUCCAGUGUCCUAGGGAGGCCCACUCCGGAAGACAAUAAAGUACAAGAAAUGUUGGGCGAGUUCUUGAGACUGGGACGAGAAGUGCCUUAUAACAUUGUUUGGCGACCUGCAAGCCAGAACGAUCCCUCUCCACAACCUUCCGUCCAACAUUCGCACAUGCAAUUCCCUCAGCAGACCUUCGACGCCACCUUUACUCGCCCUACUUUCAAUCCCGAGCCUACCUUCUCCCGCCCCUCGUUCAACACUUCUAUGCCAUCGCUUUAUCGACCAAAUGUGGUCACUCCCUUCAGCACGAAUGAACAGGGAAGGGCCACAAAUAGCGCACCUGCACCUGCACCGAAACCAAAAUCCUCUACCUCGAAACAGGGGCAGGAAACACAGAAGGCUCCCUCAAACAUGAUGACGAAUUGGCUGGGUCAGAAGCCCAAGUCCAAAAACCAAUCAUCCACUGUCACGCCGUCUGUCGCUGGUCCGUCUAGGCAGUAUCACACAAACAAACCCAAGUCGCAUGCGUCAUCCUUACCCUCCCAUCCAGUCCAACCUCCCACAAGCAUUCCACCGACAUCUGUGAGCUCAUCGAAACCAGAACGUCCACCCACUUCUACCUCUUCGAGUUUACGUACCAACGCAAGCCUGCCUUCGAAUACUGUCACGACAAUUUCCAAAACUCCUCUUCAAAUGGUAUCAAAUCAACCUCGACCUACGGUGACUCCGGCCAACCCUCCACCAGCACUGAAUAUAACGAAUUACCAGGCCUCCAACCGACCUACGGCUGUCGCUUCUGGUACGUUAGCGGCCACAGGAGUCAAGCGAAGGCUAGGAGUAGGCCGAGCUACGGCCGGAUAUUCGAACAAGAAGUUCAAACCUCCUGUAGCAUCAACAUCAUGA